UUUGCAAUUUUCACACAAGGACCACCUUCUUGUAAGCAGCUCCAUAUGCUUCGCAGGUAAUUGAGAUCAUUUUUUUAAGAUUUCCAAGAUUGACCCAAUGCAACCUAAUUAAGCCAUCAUUUUUUAUAUUUACUAUCACUCUCCUUUACUCUUUCACUCACAAAACUCUCUAUCUCUCACAAACUCUCAUUUUCUCUGUCUUUUCUGCUGCCAAAAAUAGAUAUCGGAACAGUCAUGUCUGUUGCUCAAACCUUGUUAGCAGCGCUGCAGUGUCCUCAGCUCAAUGAGAUAUGCUCCAUUGCUGGCUACAAAUCCAAAUUUGAUGAACUCCGCGCCACCGUCUUUAGAAUCAAAGCUGUGCUCAAGGAUGCUGAUACCAAGCAAGAGCUGUCCGAACAAGAACAGCUCUAUAUUGAAGAACUCAAGGAUGCUGUUUAUGAAGCCGAUGAUCUCUUUGAUGAGUUUGUCACUCUUGCUGAACGUAAGCAGCUGACCAAGGGUAUCAAGGUUCGUGUGCUUUCUCUUUUUACCAAGUUUGGCACUGCUUACAGUAUGACUCAGGGGGUUAAGAAGAUCAAGAACAAGCUGGAUGCUAUUGCUGAUGACAAACGCUUCAGCUUGAGCAUUGAUCCUAAGCCUAUUAAGAAUCGAAGGCUUGAGACCUGUUCUUAUGUGUAUGAAGCUGAUAUCAUUGGAAGAGAGGUUGAUUUGGAGAAGAUUGUUGGUGUGUUGCUCAAUUCUAAUGUUCAACAAAAUGUUUCUUUCCUUUCUAUUGUGGGGAUUGGCGGGUUGGGAAAAACAGCGCUUGCCCAACUUGCGUAUAACGAUGCAAGAGUCACAUCUGCAUUCCCAUUGAAGUUGUGGACUUGUGUCGCUGAUGAAGACCCGGAAUCGCUGGAUGUACGGGGUGUUCUCAGUAAGAUUCUAGCUUCAACUACAAAACAUAAGAAUCAUAAGGAGUUUGAGGGUUGUAGCAUGGAUGGGUUGCAAACCCAACUUCGAGAAAAACUUGCUGGAACUAAAUACUUGCUUGUUUUGGAUGAUGUGUGGACUGAAAAUUAUGAGCAAUGGCAUACACUGACAAAAUAUUUGAUGGAAGGUCAAAGAGGAAGUUGGAUUGUGGUUACAACACGUUCACGACGGAUGGUAGAAAUCAUAAGAUAUGGUCCAAGGCUCGCUCUGCAAGGCUUGUCAAAAGAAAAUGCAUGGUGCUUAUUUAGAAGAGUAGCAUUUGGAUCACAUCAUUCAGACCUUCCCGAAGACUUGGUUAAAAUUGGUCAAAAUAUAGUUAAGGGAUGUGCUAAUAUCCCUCUUGCAAUCAGAGUAGUAGGAAGUCUUCUCUAUGGCCAAGAAAAAAAUAAGUGGCUUUCAAUUCAGAAGAUGGGAUUAGCUGAAGUUAAAGAAAGCCAAAUUAGCAUCAUGCCUAUAUUGAAGCUUAGCUACUAUAAGCUUGAAUCUCCAUUAAAGACAUGUUUUGCAUACUGCGCAAUAUUCCCUAAAGAUUAUGUGAUAAGGAAGGAGACAUUAAUAAGACUUUGGAUUGCACAUGGCUACAUCCCAUUUAAUGAUCCGCAGAGACCGGAAGAUCUUGCUGAGGAAUAUUUCUCAAUCUUGUUGCAGAGAUGUUUCUUCUAAGAUGUGAAGAA